UCUCAGCGCUUUCUAGAUUUGGUCUCUUUCCUUUCUUUUUCCUCUUCUUCCCCCCGUCUCCUCGCCGCAUUUAAUUUCCACACGAGUCAGUGCCUCCAGCGGUUCCAGCCCAAACGGCCCAUGCUUGGCGGCGGCGCCUUGACGCGGACUGAUGUGCUGCCCCCCCGUAUGAUUCCGCUGUGCUCACUCAAUCAUAGAUGCGGAUGCCCAUGCCCGUCCCUUCUCUUCGAUUUGUGAUGAUCUUGCAGCUGUUCCAGAUGUGGAGUUGGGCGUAGACUCGAUUGACCAAUCUUCCAAAUCCUUGGGGGAAAGUGGAGUGAGCUUUGCUUGUUCACUCAUCUGCCUGAUUUGCAUUUCUGCAAUUAUUUGUGAUCAUCAUGUCUCUGGAGGUCGAGAAGCAAAAUGUGCCUGGGCACCAGGCCAAGCUGCCUGCAGAUCACACAGCUGAUCCGGUUCCUACCAAGGCGAACAAGCCAGCUACCGAUGGUGGCACGCCAGACCUUACUGCUAAGGACAUUUUGGAGGAGCAAAAGCCAUCACAUCGGCGGCAAGAGUCUUCUGCGUCUAUGUUGGACAAGGGUCCUUCUAGCAUUGACUCGGACUGUGGUGUCCUGGACGUGCCAUUAAUGGCAACACCACGAGGAGAUUUUGGGGAGCUGAAAGAGAUCCAGAGCUUGGAUUGCAGCGGGAACCCGGCAAAGAAGUCGUCACAGAAGAGCAGCACAAGUGAGACCUUUGCUUCUGCUAAAGUAAGCGACGGGACAAACAGUCUGAGGAAGACCAGUAGCAGUGCUAAGAUGAAUGACCGAGCUGAUUUAACUGAGAGUGGGAAAAGCAGCAUGUGUCGCCCGAGCACAAGCAGUAACGUUAGCGACGAGAGCUCAUGCAGUGUCAUGAGCAGUGGUACGACGAAGCCACACAAAGGGAGUGAUUCAAGGUGGGAAUCAAUCCGAGUGAUCAGAGCUAGGGAUGGUAUUCUUGGUUUGAGCCAUUUUAGGCUGCUUAAGAAACUGGGUUCUGGUGAUAUUGGAAGUGUGUACCUAUCCGAACUUAAUGGUACAAAGAGUUACUUUGCAAUGAAGGUCAUGGACAAGGGGUCUUUAGCUGGUCGGAAGAAGCUACUUCGAGCGCAGACAGAGCGGGAGAUACUGCAAUCUCUCGAUCAUCCGUUCCUACCCACACUCUAUACCCACUUCGAGACUGAUAAAUUCUCAUGUUUGGUGAUGGAGUUCUGUCCGGGAGGUGACUUGCACACUCUUCGACAAAGGCAGCCUGGAAAAUAUUUUUCAGAACAAGCAGCAAAGUUCUAUGUAGCAGAGGUUCUCCUUGCAAUGGAAUACCUGCAUAUGCUUGGGAUUAUAUACCGUGAUCUGAAGCCAGAAAACGUUCUUGUUCGGGAGGAUGGGCACAUAAUGCUGUCUGAUUUUGAUCUCUCCCUUCGCUGCUCCGUAAGCCCCAGUAUUGUUAAGUCUGCCAACCCUGGACCAGAUGCAUUGCAGAGGAACAACCAGGCGUACUGCGUUCAGCCUGCUUGUGUACAGCCAUCUUGUAUCCAGCCAUCGUGUGUCGCUCCAACCACUUGCUUUGGUCCCCGACUUUUCUUCUCCAAGUCUAAAUCCAAGAAGGAGAAGAAGUCGAAGCCUGAGACUGGGAACCAGGUUAGUGCAUUGCCUGAGCUUAUAGCGGAGCCGACUGACGCUCGAUCCAUGUCCUUUGUUGGAACCCAUGAGUACUUGGCACCAGAAAUCAUCAAGGGAGAGGGUCAUGGAAGUGCUGUGGAUUGGUGGACCUUUGGUAUAUUCCUCUACGAACUCUUAUUCGGUAAGACCCCAUUCAAGGGUUCAGGAAACCGUGCUACGCUCUUCAACGUCGUCGGUCAGCCCCUGCGGUUCCCGGAGUCCCCGAUCGUGAGUUUCUCCGGGAGGGACCUCAUAAGAGGAUUGCUGGUCAAGGACCCGCAGCAUCGCCUCGGCUACAAGCGUGGGGCUACUGAGAUAAAGCAGCACCCCUUCUUCGAGGGCGUGAACUGGGCACUUAUACGAUGUGCGACCCCACCAGACGUACCAAAGCCUGUCGAGCUGGAGCGAGCGACGAAGCCAGCGCCGUCCAGCGAGAAGGCCGUCCCACCUGCCGGUCAGAAGGGCUCAGAUAAUUAUCUGGAGUUUGAGUUCUUCUAGGUUCGUAAUUCUUUCUCUUUCUUGGGUCGUAAUUCUUUCUCUUUCUUGGGCCUACAAGCUGGUGGUGAUGUAUGGAAGAGGCGAUACUGAUCUGCUGGAUUGUUAGCUGUAUUUCUGAGCAGACCCUGUUUUUUAACAAACUUCUUAAGAUCGAAUGUCUUGGUCCUUAGAGUGAUGCAGGGUGUAGUUUGCCCGCCCUGGCAUUGUAAUUCUUGUCAGUUCGGCUUACAUUUUUUAACAUGUCUUGUACUACUGCCGAAGCAGAAGCACUUGCCAA